AUGAAAACGCAACCAAAAUGUCCGUACUGUACCUACUCGACGCAACGUAACAAAGACAUACACAAGCACGUGCACAGGAAGCACAGGGAACAAAACAACGUGGAAAAAAAAGUAAAACUAAGAUGUCCGAUUUAUAAUUGCGAUAGUUGCAGCUAUACCACCGUCACCAGUAAAGAUUUUGAAAAACAUGUUCAGGCAUGUAAAACGCUCAUGACGUGUAUUCACUGCGCAUUCGCAACCACCUUGGAUGUUAAAAUGCAGAAGCAUGUAAAAAAUCACAAGAUUAAUAAAUGUAUGUACUGUACCUUUGCAGCGGUAGAAAAUAAAACACUACAACAGCACAUAUUUAGGAAACACAAAAAACAGAAUGACUUGGAAAAUAAAGUAUCCAUAGACAUAAAAACCUUCCCUUGCGCGUAUUGCGAGUUUACAACCACUGUAAACCAAGCCUUACAAAGGCACAUCUAUAGGAAACAUAGAGAACAGAAUGAGUUGGAAAAUAAAGUAGAUAUACAAAUAAAAACGUACUCUUGUGAUAGCUGUGACUAUAAAACUGUGACAAAAACAAGUUUUACCGCGCACAUUGCGUCAUGCAAAAAUUUAAAGACCACCUUUGACUGUCUUCAUUGUUCAUACACUACAAACACUCUGUAUAAGUUAAACUCGCAUUUGAAAUCUCAUGAAACUUCCAAUUUAACUUGUCCUUACUGUCAGUAUGUUUCGAAGAUGUCUACAUCAUUGCAAAAACAUAUUUUUUCAAAGCACAGAAGCCAGAAUGAAAUUGAGAAAAAAAUCGAAAUUAAUCUUAAAACAUUUCAGUGUGAAAAUUGCAUUUAUAUCACAGUCGAACCCAAGUACUAUCAAAAACAUGUAAAAUCGUGUAAAGUUGGACCAGAAAUUAACUGUAGCCAAUGUUCAUAUAAAACGAAUGUUGAGUAUGAAUAUAAAUUGCACUACAAAAAACAUAUCGAAGAAAACCUAAAAUGUCCUUAUUGUGCAUAUACAACCAAACACACACCCAACUUGCAAAUGCAUGUGCUUAUGAAACAUCCACAACAUGCCGAUACAAUGGAUGCUUCUUCUCUGGAACAGAACACGAAAUUGAUUAAUGAGGAAAAAGAACAUACAUCAAAUACAGGUCCUUCGAAUCAUUCAAAAUGUCCGUACUGUAAGUUUGUUACAAAAGGAAAUCAUCUUUCCCUGCAAAAUCAUGUUGUUUUUAAACAUAAAGAAGAAAAUGAUGUCGAGAAAAAGGUGACAGUGUCUCCAUGUAUUUUAAAUAAUUAUGUCACUACCAUGGAAAAAAGAAAAGAAAAAAGAAAAGAAAAAAAAGGGUAUUCGUGUAGGCUUUGCGACUUCAAUACCAAAGUAUUAACUGAUUUGCGUGGGCAUCACAGUAAAAACCAUAAGAAAAAUUAG